AUUGUGCUAGGAUUGCCAUUGAAUAUACUUGUAGUUGUUAGGCUCGGACUUGCGCCGCAGCACUGGACCAAUAGCUCCGUUCCUGGUGCACUCCAACUUAGAUCUGCACUGCUAGGUAGAAGCAAUGCAGCUGGGCCAGCUCCGGCAGCCCCUGCGGGCAUGCCAGGACCAGCGGCUGACUCGGGGAGUUCCGCUUGCUCGGCGGCAGCUCGUCGUGGUCUCUAACUGGAACCCCCUGGGCGGCAAGGGAGGUGGCAACAGCAAGGAUAAGGAAGAUGCUGCUCGCCGAGCGCUAGAGCAAUCACUGGGCCAGAAGAAAUUCGGGGCAGAUGCCAGCAAAAAGACGCCCGCUGCCAAGCCAGCCGAGCCAUCCAAGCCAGCAGGCGAGGAUGCCUCCAAGAACCCCCUGCAAAACCUGUUCGGCGGGGGCGGCCCCAAGCCGCCAGCCGGCGGCGGGGGUGGCGGUGGCGGUGACGGCGGUGGCGGGUUCUUCUCAGGGGGUAAUGCGGAGCAGCCGGGCGGCGAGGAGCCCAUCCAGGAUGAGCUGCUGAAGCUGCUGCGGGGCGGCUGGGUGCUGCUCUCCAACCUGGCGCUUUUCCUGGUGUUCUCAAGCUUCCUGCACAGGUCGCUCAACUGGUUUGUGCAGACGGAGCUGCUGGUGGCGGUGGGCGCACCGCAGCAGGCGGGCGAGCGGGUGGUGGGCAAGUUCUUUGAGGCCAUCGAGUGGGUGGAGCGCAACAUCCUGGGCUGGAAGCUGCCGGGUGACGAGGAGGCCGAGGACGCCACGAGCAAGGUUUACGAGGUGCUCCAGAACUACACGCCGGCGGAAGCCGCCUACUCGUUCGCGCAGCUCAAGUACAAGGACCUCACGCACAAGGAGCGGGAGCUGUUCCACAAGGCCUACGCCCUGCGCCACUUUGAGCGCCGGGACGGCCGGCCGGGCGACGUGGACGCGGCGGAGCUGCAGGCCGUCAAGGACCGGCUGGACCCUCUGGAGGCUGACCGCCGCGCCUACGCCGCCGCCAAGGCCGCCGGCCGCCUGGACGAGUACUGGGCGGCGCCGGGGCGCGAGGCCACCUAUCAGCGCAUCGUGGGCGCGCCGCGCAUCGCGUAGAGGGGAGGCGGCUGAGGGAGAUGGAGGCUGUGGGGGGCUUGGGGGCGUGGAGUGUGGGGCGGGAGGAGGAUGUGGAGGAGGAGGGUGUGGAGGUUCAAGGGGGGAAAGGCGUGUUGUUGUGCUCGUGGCCGCUCGUGCAUUCGGUAGCUGGGGUGGGACGAGGAGCUUUGCUGCGCGCGGUGGAAAGCAGGGCACCGGGCUGGGGGUAUUGUGGGGUGGUUGCUGAAGCCCCGGCGAGGCACGAGGGCACGGAUUGCCUGUGGCGGUAUGACGUAAUGACGCUGUGAAAAUGUAGCAGGCGUGCACGGCUCCAUCUGUGUUAAAGAGCACAAGGAAAACAUAGCGCAGUAGUUCCGCAACGCACGUCAAUAGCGCAAAGAUAGUGUAUGCGAUGCAGCAAAGCGACUGUGUGUUUGAGUUUCAGUGAGUGCUUGGUGACGUGUGUCUUGUGUCGGGAUGACAGCUGGGCAAGCAGGUUUGGCGGCCGCGGCGACGUCCGCUGUGCCACACUGCCACCGCAUUAGGCGAGGGCGGUUGUGAAGGGAGUUCCCGCUUCACAACCCCAGGGGAUAGGGAACAGGCACGGAGGAUUACGCGCACGUGAUGCGCGUGAGACGGGUGAAAGACACGUUCUGUAUUGUGCUGCUUACCCACCUCUU